AUGUCCCUCGACGACGCCAUCGCGGCGCGCUCGCCCCGCGGCGGCGGCGGCGGCGGCGGCAUUCGGGUCGCCCGGCGCGUCUUCGUGGGCAACCUGUCCUGGCAGACGUCGUGGCAGGACCUCAAGGACCACUUCCGCCAGUGCGGCACCGUCGUCCACGCGUCGGUCAUGGAGGAGCGGCCCGGCCGGUCCAAGGGCUGCGGCAUCGUCGAAUUCGAGAGCGCGGACGAAGCGGCGCUCGCGAUCGAGACGCUGCACGACGUCGAGCUCGACGGGCGGCCCGUGCAGGUGCGCGAGGACCGCGAGGACCGGGACCUGGCGCCGGCCAAGGCCCCGGGCGGCAAGCGGCCGGCGGUGCAGGCGCCCGCGUGGGGCGAGCCGCGCGGCGGCGGCGGCGGCGGCGAGAUCGAGGUCGGGCGCCGCCAGCGCAAGGCGGCCCAGGACGCGGACGGCGACGUCAUCCGCGUCGCGCGCCGCGUCUACGUCGGCAACCUGGCCUGGGGCACGUCCUGGCAGGACCUCAAGGACCACUUCCGCCAGUGCGGGUCCGUCGUCCACGCCAAGGUCAUGGAGGAGCGGCCGGGCCGCUCCAAGGGCUGGGGCAUCGUCGAGUUCGAGGCGCCGGAGGAGGCCGUCGCCGCCAUCGAGCAGCUCAACGACUCGGACCUCGACGGCCGCCCCAUCCAGGUCCGCGAGGACCGCGAGGACCGCGACCUCCGGUAG